CUAAUCAAAAGCUCCUAUCACUAGCUUUAUCAAGAUUAGGGGUUUUGAGUUUUGACCCAAAACUGUCAUUCAACCCUCUCUUAAAGUCUUACCCAGUUACCCAACAUUCCCAUUAGAAAUUUUGGCUAAUCAAACCUCUGUUUUACCCAAAGCUUUCCUAAUCAAACCCACAAAAACUAAAAUUCUCCAUCGAAAUACAAAUCUCCUCAUAAUCAAAUGGCGGAUCAGCAAACUGUAGAUACUCCAUCGACGGGGACCCUACAAUCGCCGCCACAGCAACCACCGCAAAAUCCACAGUUGCAGCCGGGAAAGGAGGAAAUGCUGCAGUGCGUCACCGCUUUAGAGGCUGCUCUCCUCCCAUGCUUACCCGCUCGUGAGCUCCAAGCCAUUGAUCGCUCCCCUCAUCCUUCUCAUCAGAUUGACGUGGAAAGACAUGCAAGAGAUUUCAUGGAAGCCGCUAAAAAGCUUCAGUUGUAUUUUAUUAGUCUGCAACGUGAGGAUCAUCCUACCAAGACCGAAAUGCUUCAGAAGGAUAUUUCUACUAUGGAAGAAGAGCUGAAGGUCAAAACAGAACUUAUUAAGAAGCAAGAAGAGCUGAUUCAGGGAUGGAAGAAAGAGUUGAGAGAGCAACUUGACAAGCACAAAUCAGAGCUGGAGAAGGUGUAACCUACAGUAGCAGCUCAAUCUUCCUGAUGUAACAUGAUUAGUGAUAACAAUAGAAAAACGAGCUAAUUGAUUUCGUAAAUCUCCAAACAUGGGGUUACUUUUAGAAACUCUUACUAGUUUGGACUUUUGAGUGGCAGUCUAGCAGACAUCUAACCCUAUAGUCUGUAGACCUUGCAUGUGAUCUCCUAUACAGCUUGGUUCUAUCAAGGAUUUAGUUUGCUCUAGUGUACAAAAUGUGGAAAGUCCUUCAAAGUUUGAAGUCCCUUUUAUAUAGCAUUUCGUACGUAAAGUAUUA